AUGGGAAGUUUCAAUACCAGCUUGGGCAAAGGCUUCAUUUUGGUAGGCUUCUCAGAUUGGCCUCAACUGGAACUCAUCCUUUUUAUCUAUGUUUUGAUUUUCUACUCCUUAACACUCUUUGGCAACACAACUAUCAUCACUCUGUCACAACUGGACCUCAGAUUGCACAGUCCCAUGUACUUCUUCCUCUCCCACCUCUCCUUCCUGGACCUCUGCUACACCACCAGCACUGUGCCCCAGCUCCUAAUCAAUAUUCAGAGACAUGACCACACCAUCACCUAUGGAGGGUGUGUGGUCCAGCUCUUCACAGUUCUUGCCCUGGGCUCCACUGAGAGUGUGCUUCUGGUGGUGAUGGCCUUUGACCGCUUUGCUGCUGUGUGUCGUCCACUCCUCUACACAACAAUUAUGCACCCUCAUCUGUGCCAGGCAUUGGCUAUCUCAUCAUGGGUAGCAGGCCUUGUGAACUCUCUGAUCCAGACAGGCCUCAUGAUGGCCAUGCCUCUGUGUGGAUAUCGACUGAAUCACUUCUUCUGUGAGAUGCCUGUAUUCCUCAAGUUGGCAUGCAAGGACACCGAAAGAACAGAGGUUAAGAUGUUUAUAGCCAGAGCCAUAAUCCUGGUUUUCCCUGCAACACUAAUUCUAGGCUCCUAUGUACAGAUUGUCAGGGCGGUGGUGAAGGUCAAGUCAGUGGCUGGGCGCAGAAAGGCUUUUGGGACAUGCGGAUCCCACCUCCUGGUGGUUUCUAUGUUUUAUGGCUCAACCAUCUACACAUACUUACAACCAAACGACAGCUAUUCUGAGAAUGAGGGAAAGUUUGUGGCCCUCUUUUAUACUAUAAUCACCCCCAUGCUCAAUCCUCUGAUUUAUACCCUGAGAAACAAGGAUGUGAAGGGGGCUCUGUGGAAGGCACUAGGGAGAAGCACAGACUCAAGGUAG